AUGUCUCCGACACCGUCCCCCCCGACGUCGUCCCUCCCGACACCGCCCCUCCCGACAUCGUCCUUUCCCACACGUCCUCCGACACCGCCCCUCCCGACGUCGUCUCUCCCACGUCGUUUUCCCCGGGACGUCAUCCCCCGCACCGUCCCUCCGACAAUGUCCCCCCCGACGUCGUCUUUCGACACCGUCCCCCCCACGUCGUCCUCCCGACGCCCUUCCCUCCGACAUGUCCCUCCCGACAUGUCCCUCCCGACGUUUUCCCUCCCGACCCCGGGCCCCCAAACGCGUCCUCCGAACCGUCCCUCCCGAAAACUUUCCCUCCGAAUCGUCCCUCCCGGACCCGUCCCUCCCGACACGCCCCCUCCCGGGACACCUUUCCCUCCCGACGUCGUCCCUCCGACACCUCCCCCCCGACAUCGUCCAUCCCGCCCGUCCCUCCCGGGACACGUCCUCCCGUGUGUCUCCGACGUCUCUCUCCGACGCAUCCCUCCCGCACCUUUUCCCUCCCCAUGUCCCUCCCGACGUGUCCCUCCCGACCCGUCCCCCCCGACGUCGUCCUCCCGACGUUCGUCCCCCCGACAUCGUCCCCCCCGAAAAUGUCCCUCCCGACGUCGCCCCUCCCGACGUCGUUCCCUCCCGCCCACCGCCCCUCCCGACAUCGUCCCUCCCGACAUCGUCCUCCCGACACCGUCCCUCCGCCCGUUGUCCCCCGACAUCGUCCCUCCCGCCACCGUCCCUCCCGACAUCGUCCCUCCCGACAUCGUCCCUCCCGACACCGUCCCUCCCGACACCGUCCCUCCCGACGUCGUCCCUCCCGACACCGUCCCUCCCGACGUCGUCCCUCCCGAUGUCGUCUCUCCCGACGUCGUCCCUCCCGACAUCGUCCCUCCCGACAUCGUCCCUCCCGACAUCGUCCCUCCCGACAUCGUCCCUCCCGACGUCGUCUCUCCCGACGUCGUCCCUCCCGACAUCGUCCCUCCCGACACCGUCCCUCCCGUUAUCGUCCCUCCCGACAUCGUCCCCCCCGACAUCGUCCCUCCCGACGUCGUCCCUCCCGACGUCGUCUCUCCCGACGUCGUCCCUCCCGACACCGUCCCUCCCGACAUCGUCCCUCCCGACAUCGUCCCUCCCGACGUCGUCCCUCCCGACAACGUCCCUCCCGACGUCGUCUCUCCCGACGUCGUCCCUCCCGACACCGUCCCUCCCGACAUCGUCCCUCCCGACGUCGUCCCUCCCGACACACCGUCCCUCCCGACGUCGUCCCUCCCGACGUCGUCCCUCCCGACACCGUCCCUCCCGACAUCGUCCCUCCCGACAUCGUCCCUCCCGACACCGUCCCUCCCGACGUCGUCCCUCCCGACACCGUCCCUCCCGACAUCGUCCCUCCCGACACCGUCCCUCCCGACACCGUCCCUCCCGACGUCGUCCCUCCCGACACCGUCCCUCCCGACAUCGUCCAUCCCGACACCGUCCCUCCCGACACCGUCCCUCCCGACGUCGUCUCUCCCGACGUCGUCUCUCCCGACGUCAUCCCUCCCGACACCGUCCCUCCCGACAUCGUCCCUCCCGACACCGUCCCUCCCGACGUCGUCCCUCCCGACGUCGUCCCUCCCGACAUCGUCCCUCCCGACACCGUCCCUCCCGACGUCGUCCCUCCCGACGUCGUCCCUCCCGACACCGUCCCUUCCGACAUCGUCCCUUCCGACAUCGUCCCUCCCGACAUCGUCCCUCCCGACACCGUCCCUCCCGACGUUGUCCCUCCCGACAUCGUCCCUCCCGCCACCGUCCCUCCCGACAUCGUCCCUCCCGACAUCGUCCCUCCCGACACCGUCCCUCCCGACACCGUCCCUCCCGACGUCGUCCCUCCCGACACCCUCUCCCGACGUCGUCCCUCCCGACGUCGUCUCUCCCGACGUCGUCCCUCCCGACAUCGUCCCUCCCGACACCGUCCCUCCCGACAUCGUCCCUCCCGACAUCGUCCCUCCCGACAUCGUCCCUCCCGACGUCGUCCCUCCCGACGUCGUCCCUCCCGACACCGUCCCUCCCGACAUCGUCCCUCCCGACGUCGUCCCUCCCGACGUCGUCUCUCCCGACGUCGUCUCUCCCGACGUCGUCCCUCCCGACACCGUCCCUCCCGACAUCGUCCCUCCCGACACCGUCCCUCCCGACGUCGUCCCUCCCGACACCGUCCCUCCCGACACCGUCCCUCCCGACACCGUCCCUCCCGAUACUGUCCCUCCUGACAACGUCCCUCCCGACAUCGUCCCUCCCGACGUCGUCCCUCCCGACACCGUCCCUCCCGACACCGUCCCUCCCGACACCGUCCCUCCCGAUACUGUCCGUCCCGACAACGUCCCUCCCGACAUCGUCCCUCCCGACGUCGUCCCUCCCGACGUCGUCCCUCCCGACGCCCUUCUUCCCGACGCCGUCCCUCCCGACAUCGUCCCUCCCGACACCGUCCCUCCCGACAUCGUCCCUCCCGACACCGUCCUUCCCGACACCGUCCCUUCCCAACACCGUCCCUCCCGACGUCGUCCCUCCCGACGCCCUUCUUCCCGACGCCCUCCUUCCCGACACCGUCCCUCCCGACGUCGUCCCUCCCAACAUCGUCCCUCCCGACACCGUCCCUCCCGACACCGUCCCUCCCGACACCGACCCUCCCGACACCGCCAAAGAGCCGCCGCCGCAACACCGCGAUUGUCCGCCGAUAUACGCGUCUGUUUGACGAGCAUACACAUGGAAGCUGUAAUCCGGGCAAAUAACUCCUUAUAUCUCCUCUUUUAUGGCCCUCCAGCUGCUGUUUGUCCCGCAGGAGCUGAGGACGGCGGCGGCGGCGGCGGCGGCGGCGACAGAGGGAGGCUGAAGAAGAAGACUUGA